UGUCCGCCGGCUCUAGCAGCGGGGCCCAGCAUGGUCAUGGCGGAUGGCCCGAGGCACUUGCUGCGCGGGCCUGUCCGAGUGGGGUUCUAUGACAUCGAGGGCACGCUGGGCAAGGGCAACUUCGCCGUGGUGAAGCUGGGGCGGCACCGGAUCACCAAGACGGAGGUGGCGAUAAAAAUAAUAGAUAAAUCUCAGCUGGAUGCAGUGAACCUUGAGAAAAUCUACCGAGAAGUUCAAAUAAUGAAAAUGUUAAACCACCCUCACAUCAUCAAGCUGUACCAGGUAAUGGAGACCAAAAAUAUGUUGUACCUUGUGACAGAAUAUGCCAAAAAUGGAGAAAUAUUUGAUUACCUUGCUAAUCAUGGCCGGUUAAGUGAGUCUGAGGCCAGGCGUAAAUUCUGGCAAAUCCUGUCUGCUGUCGAUUAUUGUCAUAGUCGGAAGAUUGUGCACCGUGACCUCAAGGCUGAAAAUCUCCUGCUGGAUAAUAAUAUGAACAUCAAAAUAGCAGAUUUCGGUUUUGGAAAUUUCUUUAAAAGUGGUGAGCUGCUGACAACGUGGUGUGGUAGUCCUCCUUACGCAGCCCCAGAAGUCUUUGAAGGGCAGCAGUAUGAAGGACCACAGCUGGAUAUUUGGAGCAUGGGAGUUGUUCUUUACGUCCUCGUCUGUGGAGCUCUGCCUUUCGAUGGGCCUACUCUUCCAAUUUUGAGGCAGAGGGUUCUGGAAGGAAGAUUCCGAAUCCCAUAUUUCAUGUCAGAAGGUUGUGAGCACCUCAUUCGCAGGAUGUUGGUCUUAGACCCCUCCAAACGACUAACCAUAGCUCAAAUCAAGGAGCAUAAAUGGAUGCUGGUAGAAGUUCCGGUACAGAGACCUGUUCUUUAUUCACAAGGGCGAGAAAACGAGCCAUCCAUUGGGGAGUUUAAUGAGCAGGUUCUGCGAUUGAUGCAUAGCCUUGGAAUAGAUCAACAGAAAACCAUUGAGUCUUUGCAGAACAAGAGCUACAACCACUUUGCUGCCAUUUAUUAUUUGCUGGUGGAGCGACUGAAGUCACACAGGAGCAGUUUUCCCGUGGAGCAGAGACUUGAUGCUCGCCAGCGUCGGCCUAGCACUGUUGCUGAGCAAACAGUUGCCAAGGCACAAACUGUGGGACUUCCAGUGACCAUCCAUUCACCAAACAUGAGGCUGAUGCGAUCCACCCUCCUUCCACAAGCAUCCAAUGUGGAGGCCUUUUCAUUCCCAGCGUCUGGCUGUCAAGCGGAAGCAGCAUUUAUGGAAGAAGAGUGUGUUGAUACUCCAAAGGUAAAAGGCUGUCUGCUAGACCCUGUGCCUCCGGUCUUGGUGAGGAAAGGGUGCCAGUCAUUGCCCAGCAACAUGAUGGAGACAUCCAUUGAUGAAGGGCUGGAGGCAGAAGGAGAGGCUGAGGAAGACCCCAGUCACACCUUUAAGGCGUUCCAGUCCACACGCAGUGGGCAGAGACGGCACACUCUCUCAGAAGUGACCAAUCAGCUGGUCGUGAUGCCUGGCUCAGGGAAAAUUCUCUCCGUGAGUGACAACCCCUCACUUGGCAGUGUGGAUGCUGAGUAUGAUAUGGGGUCUGUUCAGAGGGACCUGAACUUCCUGGAGGAAAACCCUUCCUUUAAGGACAUCAUGUUGGCGAAUCAGCCCUCACCCCGCCUGACAUCUCCUUUCAUAAGCUUGAGACCUGCCAACCCAGCCAUGCAGGCACUGAGCACCCAGAAACGAGAGACCCACAACAGGUCACCAGUGAGCUUCCGCGAGGGCCGCAGAGCGUCGGAUACCUCCCUUACCCAAGGAAUUGUAGCAUUUAGACAACAUCUUCAGAAUCUGGCUAGAACCAAAGGAAUCCUAGAACUAAACAAAGUGCAGUUGCUAUAUGAACAGAUAGGAUCCCAGGCCGACCCUCACCUGGCUGCAGCGGCUCCUCAGCUCCAAGACAUUGCUGGCAGCUGCCCUCAGGAGGAAGUGUCUCAGCAACAGGAAACUGUCUCUGGUCUCCCUAACAGUGUGCAUCCUCAGCUUGGCCGGCAGCAAAGCCUGGAGACCCAGUACCUGCAGCACAGACUCCAGAAGUCCAGCCUUCUGUCCAAGACCCAGAACACCUGUCAGCUUUAUUGUAAAGAACCACCCCGGAGCCUUGAGCAGCAGCUGCAAGAACACAGGCUCCAGCAGAAACGACUCACUCUCCAGAAGCAGUCUCAGCUGCAGGCCUAUUUUAACCAGAUGCAGAUAGCGGAGAGUUCCUACCCACAACCCAGUCAGCAGCUGUCCCUUCCCCACCAGGAGAGUCCCCCACCGCCUCAGCAGCCACCGCCGACAUUCAGACUGGCUCAGCCGCUGAGCCCCGGCCUAGAGCCUUCUUCUGAGCAGAUGCAAUACAGCCCUUUCCUUGGGCAGUACCAGGAGAUGCAGCCGCCACCGCCACCACCUCCUCCUCCUCUCCCGCAGCAACAGGGAGCUGCCCUACCACCCUUCUCCUAUCAGACUUGUGAGCUGCCGAGUGCCACUUCCCCUGAGCCAAACUACCCCACUCCAUGUCAGUAUUCUGUGGAAGGAGCCCAGCCGAGUGGCAUAGCAGCGCCAGACUGCCCCGGGAGCUCAGGACUGCAGGAGACUCCCUCCAGCUACGACUCCUUAGGUCUGUCUGAGUUACCUGGACUCUUUGAUUGUGAAAUGCUAGAGGCUGUGGAUCCACAGCACAAUGGGUAUGUCCUGGUGAAUUAA